AUGGCAACUAAGAUUUCUCAAUUGCGAAUCCAAAUUCGUUCGUUGCAAAAACAACUCCAGCAAUUCCAAAAAUAUUUCUCAAAAGGCACGUUUAGUUACCAGCAACGACAUUUUAUUCAAUGCUGCCAGUUUUUCGACCGGCUUCCGGCUAACGAUUUAAUUUCCUGGCCACUGGAUUAUUUUUGCCGCGAAUGCCGGAAAAGGCUAAGACUGGGCCUGAGAAAAAAAAGGGCCAAAUUUCCCGGCGAAAUCACCACGGAUAAACUGCGAAAUUAUUUUCGCCAGCAAUUAGGUCAAUACGACCCGGCUAGUCUGCAAGUGCAAAAGAUUGCUUUGCAUUCUUACCUUAAAUUCAGUAAGUUACCCAUUGACUGGGAAAAACUUGCGAGGAUUAUCCCCAGCAGCCAACGGAAAUUUUUUGCUACUAUCAACGAGCAGGAUUUAGCCCAAUUAAAAGCGGCCAAGGUCGAAAAAAAUCCCCGUGAAUCUUUGCGAGUGCAUGGCAAAGGUAACAAAGUCCGGUUUGUUUUACUCCCGGAAACUUUGACCACGAAAAUUCAUCCUUACCGUAAGGGUUAUUUGUUCACCAGUCAACGCGGCAAACCUAUUAAGGCCGAAUAUAUUCGGUGGUUACUCAAAAGCCGCACCCAACAAGCCGGAAUUAAAAAACGCAUUACGCCUCAUACUUUUCGGCGGAGUUUUGCUACUUUAUUACAUAACCGGGGAGCUCAUUUGACUAGUAUUCAAAGAUUAUUAG